UCCUUUCUUCUUCUUAUUACUUUUGUCAAUCUUCUCUCCUUCCUCCCAUUUUCUAAUAAGACACACACCUCUUCACAUAUAACAUGCUUUUAGCAAUGGAAUAUUCAUCCUUUUCCUAACUACCGCUCUACGACUUCAUUUUGAAUUUUAUUUCUGUUUGGAGACAAGCAGAUAAAAUUCAACAAUGGCGGUGGAGGUAAGAUGUUGCGGAACCGAUUUCAUUAUUCACAUACUCAUAAUACUAUUGUUGGUGUUGUUCGCUGGGAUGAUGUCCGGCCUUACUUUAGGCCUUAUGUCCUUGAGUCUUGUUGAUCUUGAGGUUCUUGCCAAGUCUGGUACUCCCACUCAUCGUAAACAUGCCGCAAAGAUAUUGCCGGUUGUCAAAAACCAGCAUUUGUUGCUUUGUACGCUACUUCUAUGCAAUGCCGCUGCAAUGGAGGCACUUCCCAUUUUCCUUGAUGGUCUGGUCACAGCAUGGGGUGCUAUCCUAAUUUCGGUUACCUUGAUUCUUGUGUUUGGUGAGAUAAUACCGCAAGCUGUUUGUUCUCGAUACGGUUUGGCAAUUGGUGCAACAGUGGCUCCUAUUGUUCAAGUUCUUGUUUGGAUCUGUUUUCCUGUUGCCUACCCAAUAAGCAAGCUGUUGGACUUUCUUCUAGGCCAUAGACAUGUUGCACUUUUCCGGAGAGCUGAGUUGAAAACACUAGUAAAUUUGCAUGGCAAUGAGGCCGGAAAAGGUGGAGAACUGACGCAUGAUGAGACAACAAUUAUUGCUGGAGCACUUGAGCUUACUGAGAAAACUGCUAAAGAUGCCAUGACGCCCAUAUCUGAAACAUUUGCAAUUGAUAUUAAUGCCAAGUUAGACAGGGAAUUAAUGAGUUUAGUUUUGGAGAAAGGGCAUAGCAGAGUACCAGUUUAUUAUGAGCAGCCUACAAACAUUAUUGGAGUCAUUUUGGUCAAGAAUUUAUUGACAAUCCACCCUGAAGAUGAAGUGCCUGUGAAAAGGGUUACUAUACGAAGGAUUCCAAGGAUUCAAGAGGCGUUGCCAUUAUAUGAUAUAUUAAAUGAAUUUCAAAAGGGUCAUAGCCACAUGGCCGUUAUUGUAAGACGAUGUGACAAGACAGAGCAGUCGCCAUCUACUAACUCUGCCAAGGGUCCCUUGCCGGAAGUGAAAGUCGACAUUGAUGGCGAAAAACAUCCUCGAGAGAGUGCUUUAAGACGAAAGCAUUCAUUUAAGAAAUGGAAGAGCCUUCCCGUCACUAGUAAUUCUUUUAAAAGUGGUUCUCGGAGCAGGAAGUGGACAAAAGGUUUGAAUUCAGACAUCCUACAUCUAAAUGGCAAUCCACUCCCAACACACUCUGAAGAAGAGGCUGUUGGCAUAAUAACAAUGGAAGAUGUCAUUGAAGAGCUUUUACAGGAAGAGAUCUUUGACGAGACAGAUCAUCAUUACGACGACUGAUGACCAUGUCAGACGUCUGGAUCAGUGGUGGUAUAAAAUGAGAUGAAAGAAGGAAAAGCUCAAUAUAGGCUUAUGAUGAAUCAGCACCAUGGGACAAGAAAUAAGAAACUAGUAGUGUACAUUAAUUGUCAAGUACUCACUUCACUUGUCAUGUUUACUUCUUUUCUGAUCUGUCCUCUUAUUUUUCCUAUUUCUAGCUUUUUCUUCAGAUUUGUGCUUCCUACUGUGCCUUUUAUUUGAUCUCUCAGGGUGGUCCUUUUCGUUCUUUCCAUGUUCAUGGGGAUCUGAAUCAGAAGAAGAUUCAUCAGACUUCAGGGAAGAAGGCUUUUCAGGACCCAACUUGACACGAUCAUCCAUUCCAGUUCAGCUUGUUGACGGCUUCGCUAGGGACGCGGAAUUUGUAGGUAGAUAAGGUCUAGUUUCAUCCAUCCUAGAACCUAUAGAACCUCGACUGCACUUCGCCCUGUCAUCCUAAAAUCGGUUUAACCAUUGAACUUUUUACUGAUAAAAAUCUAAAUCAACAUAUAUAGCCUACGUGAGGGGUGACUUCACAUGCAAAGAGACUCAUCAUGUGAAUCCACUAAUUCUCCCCCAACAUAACAACUUUUUGUAUAAAUGUGGUACAAACCUUGACUAAAGAAAUUCAUCGAUCUCAUUGUCUCUUAGACCUUCAUGUUCCCUUGAAUAACUACCCUCUGCUACUGCUUUGCUUGAUGAGCAUGAAGAACUAACAUUGCUCUCAUGCCUCCUAUUUCUGCUUCUAUAAGGGAUGCUAAUAUCCACAUCAGUUCUGCUAUUCCCACUAUGGUCAUUUGAUCUUGACUUUAGCCUAUCAUUUAGUUCCAUCUCCUUUUGUCGAACUCGCCACAUCUCAU